GUCCGAGAAAACGCGACUCACCAUUUUUGAAAAACAAAACUACACAUGAAUAUAUUCAACAUAUCUUACUACUAACUUCAUCUCUCACUGUGUCCCGUCAAGACUAGAAUUCUUGAAAGAUGGUAAUGUUAAACUGUCUCUCUCUUCCAAAACAAAUCUCUGCACCAAAAUUGGAGCAGCCUCUUCCAUCGAAACUCGAGACAAAUGCCGCUAAAAAGCUCAGUUGUAGGCGCUCCUCCUCGAGCUGCGUGUUGAUAGGAGCUGCUGGAAUUACCAUACUGUCCCUUGCCGGACCCUCCUACGCUGCCGCGUUGAGUGAACCAUCCAACGCUCUGUCUCUUCCCACCUGGGCCGUUCACGUUUCCAGCGUUGUUGAAUGGGCUACUGCAAUGGUCUUGGUGUGGCAGUACGGCGACAAAUCAGGUUUUGAAUCUUGGAAGGGUCUCUCUUGGGGAAUGGUGCCCCUGUUAGGCGGAGCACUUUGUGCAUGUACGUGGCAUUUCUUUUAUAACGCAGAGUCCCUUGAGAUCUUGGUGGCUCUUCAAGCAGCUUUGACUGUGAUUGGUAACGCGACAAUGUGCGUAGCUGCAUACCGCAUCUACGUAUCGUCAAAGGAACGCUCCAAAAACUCUUAACUUCCAUCCUAAAUAUGGAACUCACUCUGUCUCAAUGUACAGGUUUAAACAAGGACGCUGAACAAUUAGUUAAGAAUCCUACCUGCGCAGGCCGGGUACACGCGUUAGUUAAAGGGGGAUUCCCAUGUACUUGCACAGAUCAUCAGAGAGAUACAUGUGCGGGCCAUCGAAGUCUACUUGCACAGACGAAUAAAGCUCAUCUGUUAGUUGGAAAAGCUGCAAAUGCAAAUCAGUUAAAGGAAGGAUAAAUGGCAAAAUCAGUUAAAGGAAGGAUAAAUGGCAGAGAACAACGACGGCGAUCAAUCCUUAUGCAUGAGGAGUACGUGAGAUAUGAAAAAGACUCUUGUACCCUUGAUCCUUGUAUUAUCUAUGAAUACUCCCUGUAUUUUAUUGUAAUUCGGAUGGAAUUUACAGAAACAAAAUAUAUGAAGUGUUCUCCAAGUUUAUGCUUUCUUUGAAA